AUGACGUCACAGAACAACACGCACAAAAAAAAAAUCGCUCGAUUGCCAGCUUCUACCAUAAAUAAUAUUGGAUAUAGUAUAGGUGUCGGUAACGCGUCGUCGAUCCAAAUGCGCUGUAUAUCUCUGCUUAUACUGCCCAUGUACUGCGGCAAGGCGGGCCGUGGCGUGCUCAAAGCUGUCGUACUCACAUACGUUAUAGCAGGUCCUAUAACGAACAUGGGUUACAACGCCAAGGAGGUUGUCCGCGUGUUCGCUUGCAGCGCCCAGCUCUCCUACAACUUGUCCGUGCUAAGAUACAAGUUGAUGGCGGGUCCGAUAAAGAAAGCAAUACUCGCCUCUAGGUCGCAAAUUAAUGUGUUCAAGGAUACGUUUAGGUCUAUCGAUGAAAUAAUAACACCAAUAGAGAAUGAAAUAGAAGGAACAGAAGAACUGGUACAGAUAAUGCGACGUAAUAUUAUUGAAGAUUUUGUUGAUAAAAAGUAUCUCACAAGGGAAGGAAACUAUACUAGGGAUACAAGUGAAAGUUUUCUGCUACAAGAAAAAUAUCUCAACAAACUAUCGUACCGGUGCAAGGAGCUAAUAUCCCGCGGGAUAAAUAAAUGCGAGAAGAUGUUCGUCACCGCUUUCGAUGAAUGCUACUCCGCUGCGCACGGGCACUUCGAUCACAGCGUGUGUUGGCCUCUGAACACACAGACGGCCUGUGAUCUGAGACGGUUUCUUAAUGGAAGUCAGCUAUGCGAUACCAUUGAUCAGAUCGAUCCUGGUCUAGGCGAGGGUUAUUUAUAUCUAAAGAAAAUUCAAAAAAGAUUGACAGAUAACCUAAAAUAUGUAAGAAUGCAAUACAAAGUCACAUAUGAAAGAGAACUCUAUGAUGUUCAGGAUGCAAAAGAGACAGGUAAACGUGUGAUGCACGAGUUCGAGCAACGCGGCGGUAGCAUGCAGUGUGUGCUGAGUGUGGUGAAUGUGUGUCUGGCGCUCAUACUGCUGCGAAUAGUGCUGGCGGCGCAGGCGCACCAUGACAGAUAUCUCACCAACAUCACAUACGACAAUAUAUACAUCACCUCCUACUUCAAGAGAAUCGAUAAGAGACGGAAAUUGAAGAAUAAGUGUUCAUUACUUCCGUUGAAAAAGAUGGAACGCAACAAGUACGUAGACGUGCACUCGUUGGAGUACAAAUCGUCGCAGCGCAGUCAGAUAGUGACUCCUAUCCACAAGGUGCUACUGGAGGUGGUGACAGCGACCACCUUCGUCAUGCUGGACAGACUCUUCUACGAGGCGCUCGAUGUAGUGCGACAACACGCGGAAGUUGGUGUCGCGCAGCAGGGCACUAGGGAUUUGGAGAUUGAAGUGGAGGGCCAAGGCACAGUCGCGACCAUGAUGCGUAACAUUCUAAGUCAAUUGAACGAGACACGCCACGUGCACGUGUCCAACGAGCUGUGUCUCCCACACCCUCGCGCUAUGCCCACUAUAUACUUCAUCAAGAUAUACUGCGGAUAUCUCUGGAUACUUCUACUUCUAUAUUUGAACCCUUACACAUUGCGUUUGAACAGGUUGAUAUGUAGUUACUUCUACCCUAAGCGGGAGAAGCAACGCAUACUGCACUUGUAUAACGACAUUCUCAAGAAACGUAUGAAGAUGCAAAAGACGCUGCGGAGGAAAGCGCUUCAAGCGGUACGAGCGCAAUACCUCUCUGGAGAGAACUUGCGCAGUUUGAGAAUGAGGUUUCCACAACUGCUCGGCUGGCUGUCAGUGUUCCCAGCUGCGAGAAUGACUUGCCUUAUAUGCGGAGAAACUGAACCUAGGUGUAAUUCGUCGUGCGGGUUCGCGUGGUGUGACGAGUGCUGGCGCGCGGGCGGCGGCCGCUGCCUCGCCUGCGACCCGCUCACCCGGCUCAGCGACCUCGACUCACUUAGUGAAGAUCAACUCGAAUAUUAA